AUGAUGAACCGAAAAACCGAAUAUACUCGUGAAUCUGAAUUGGAUAACUACGAGUGUAGAUAUUUCAACAACUUGAAAGAUGGUUACUACAAGUUGGAAGUCUCGGACUCAACAUUUCGGUGUCCGUUCUGUUUGAAUAACGAUUAUUAUUCUUUGACUGACCUUUCAAGACAUGCUUCAAGGAUUGCUGCUGACGUGCAUGGUCAGACUCUGAAAGAAAUUGGUAAACAUUCUGCCCUUGUAAGAUAUCUUAAGUCACUUAAUGUGAAUGCUGCUAAAGAUAAGUCACCCAUGGUGAAUGUUCCUGAAGAUAAGUUUGUCUUCCCUUGGACGGUAGUUCUCGCAAACAUUGUUACAAAAUUUGACCCGAACUCUCGUAACGGACAAACAAAGUUUGCGAUAGUUGAAUUUGGAAAAGAAUGGGAUGCUUUCGCCGAUGCUUUGUCGCUAGAGAGAAUCUUUGAAUCAGAACAUUGUGGCAAGAGAGAUUACUAUCGUUCAAGGGAGCGAGGAGAUAAACUCUUUGGGUGGAUGGCACGUGACGAUGACUAUAAUUCCAGCAAUAUUGUUGGCCAAAACCUCCGGGUAAAAGCAGACUUGAAAACUGUUUUCGAAAAAAAAGCCGAGGAUGAUAGGAAAGCCUUGAAGCUUGCAUAUAGUUUGGCCACCACUUCAAAGCAGAAGAACAAAGAAUUGGAAUUGGAAGAAACAACAAACAAGUAUGAUGACGAAGCUAAUGUGAUCCUAAAUAGAGUGAUGAAUCAAAAAGACGAGAUGCAUGACCACUUUAACAAAGAAAUAAGUAACAUGAGUAACGCUGAACGCAAUUAUCUUGAAAAUAUGUCCAAGGAUCGUGAGAAAACCAUAAUGGAAGUGGAGGCCCGGAGGAACAAACUUAUGGCCCGUGAAAAGAAUCUGCUGAAGCGUAAAGCAACAGAUAAUGAUAAUGAGAGAAAUAAUUUAUAUCUUGAGAAGAAAAAUAUUGGGAUGGCCAUAGCAGAACAACAAAAGGCUGAUAAUGAAAUGAUGCAAACAGAAAGAGAAACUUCACAAAAAAUGCAUGACCUAGUGAAAGGACUUGAUGCUAAACAUGCGUUGCAAUUGGAAACUGAACGGCUGAGAGGAGCUUUCAAAGUAAUGAAUCACAUUAAAGAGACUGAUCAAGAAGAGAAGAAAAAACUGGAGGCGAUCAAAGUUGAGCUGCGUGAAAAGGAAAAGCAAUUGGAAGAUCUUCUACAGACAUUGGUUAUCGAGGAGCCUAAAACUAAUGAUGAGUUGCAAGAUGCGCGCAAAAAAUUAAUAAAUUGCAUUGGCUACCCAGGGGACACUUCUGAAGUCAUAAUUUCUGUGAAAAGGAUGGGGGAACUUGAUCUUAAGCCGUUUAUGGAGGCAUCCAAGAGAAAGUUUCCUGCAAUGAGGGAUGGAAGCUUAUUAGUCUAA